AUUUGGCAACCAUAACAGGCAACACUGCUGUGUUAGGGAAAAAAAAUUCUUCUUCAAUGUGUUCGUGAAGUGAAAACAUCAAGUUUUUCUCCGGUUCAGCGCUGAGCAAUUUUUAUUUGAGAAGUUGUUUAUCUCGGCCGGGAAAUCAAAGGAAAAAUGGCAGCCGCCGUCGUGUCAGGCAAGGAUAUUGAGAAGCCCCAAGCGGAGAUCUCCCCUGUCCACCGCAUCAGAAUCACGCUGACGUCUCGCAAUGUUCGCUCCUUGGAGAAAGUAUGCGCUGACCUCAUCAAUGGAGCUAAGAAACAGAAGUUGAGGGUUAAGGGCCCGGUCCGUAUGCCUACCAAGAUUCUCCGGAUCACAACGAGGAAGACUCCCUGCGGUGAGGGUUCCAAGACCUGGGAUCGCUUUCAGAUGAGGAUUCACAAGCGAGUGAUCGACCUUCACUCUCCGUCUGAAAUUGUCAAACAGAUCACCUCAAUCAACAUCGAGCCCGGAGUAGAAGUUGAAGUCACCAUUGCUGACGCGUAGGCAUAACUGCCCAAUAAACGUUUGACAGAAAAA